AUGCUCUCGUUAAAGGAAAAGAUGGAAGUUGUUAACGUAUUAGACAGAGAAAGUGUUUCAGUUCGUCAUUUGGCAAAGAGGUUUAAUAUUGGGAAAACGCAAGCAGCUGAAAUUGCCAAAAAUAAGGAAGUUAUCAGGAGUAAAUUGCAAUCAGGAACUAAUAUAAAUCAAAAGAAGGAUUUUUUAAAAAAGGAAGGUUUUGCUAUAGACAAAACAUGUUUUGACUGGUUUGUGAAAGCUAGAAGUCAGAGCAUUCCAAUCUCAGGGCCGUUAGUGAAAAUGAAAGCUAAAGAAAUCGCCAUUACUUUGGGCUAUAAUAAUUUCAGUGCGUCCGACGGGUGGCUGCAAAAGUGGCGCAAGAGACAUAGUGUGAGUUUCAAAUGCAUAUCUUGCGAAGCUGCUGCAGUAAAUCAAGUUGAUGUGUCACAAUUUUUGGAGAAACUUCUGUCCAUGUUGCUUGGCUACAAACCAGAAGACGUGUACAACGCAGAUGAAAAUGGACUUUUUUUCGCGCAUUGCCCGACAAAACUCUGUCCCUUUAAAAAACGUUGCUAUUAA